AUGCAGGAGAAUGAGUCUUUAAGAGAAUUCGUGAAACGGUUUGGCCAGGAUGUGUUGCAAGUAGAGGCUUACAGCAUGGAUGCAGUCAUCCAAAUCUUCAAACGAAGCAUAUGCCCAAACACUCCCUUCUUUGAAUCACUCGCUAAGAAGUCUCCCAUGACAAUAGAUGACUUGUUCCGGUGCGUGAGCAAAUACUCAAUACUGGAAGAUGAUGUGUGUGCGGCCACCCAACAAAUUUUGGUCGCCGGACAGACAUCCAGGAACGACGUGGAAAGAAGUUCUAAACUUCCUGACCGGUCAAGGCCGUCUGGACGAAGACAGGAAGAGCAAAGUCGCCCGGAACUGCCACCACUUACGCCCCUUUCCAUAUUAUAUGAGAAACUCCUCCCUAUGAUCCAAGACCUAUCCGACUUAAGGUGGCCCGGGCCCCCUAGAGCGGACCUAACCAAAAGGGAUCAUAGCAAGAAGUGUGCCUACCACAAGGAGCAUGGUCACACUACGGAGCGGUGCAAGAGUCUCCAUUAUUUAGUGGAAAGGCUCAUAAAAGCGGGACAUUUGAAUCAAUACCUCCGCUUAGAUGCCAGAGUUAGAGAUACUCCCCGAAAUCGCGACUCCGGGACCCUCAAGAUCCCAGUCGCCCCCAAAGCCAUCAUCAACUAUAUCCACGGAGGACCACUGGAUGAGGAGUACGACUCCAAACGAAAGAGGCAGAGGUCGUUGCGUGCAGCAUCAGUGCGUGAACACGUCAACUUCAUCUGGCUUGGGCUGGUGAGGGCCCCCGACCCAUAG